CCUCCUCCUCCACAUCGCCGGGUUUUCCUCUUCCUCCCCCGUGAAAACUGCAUUUUUAUCAAUUCUCCAGAUUCCCCAAACCCUAAAUUCUCUCUCUCUCUCCAAAUUUUCUCCGUCGUUUUCCUCAAAUUUUCUCACUUUUUGAUGUCUUCUUCUUACUCUUUAUCUUUCAAAUCAAAUCUUCUUCUCUCUCCAGCUCAAUGAGUCAACCAAAUCUAGAUCAAAGUUUGAAUUUUUAAACUUUAUUUUCGUUACUUUCCAAAAAAAAAAAAACGUUUCUUUUUUUUAUCUUCUUCGUGCAAAAUCUCUCUGUUUUUCACCAUAAUCGAAUUCAAAAACAGAGCAAAGUUUGUAAAUUUCUCGGUAAAGUUCGUUUUUUUUCGAUAUCUUGGUUUGUAUAGAGAAAAGGGUUUUCAAGGAAAAUCUCUCAAAAUCUGUAGAUUCAUUGUUAUAAAAUGGGAGCGGUGACGUCAUCAAUGGCGGCGAAGUUUGCGUUUUUCCCGCCAAACCCGCCGUCGUACGGCGUCGAAGUGGUGGAAGGAAAGCUAAAGCUGAUUGGUGUAGAGAACGUGAAGGAUAACGUUGAAGUAUUGAAGCUGAAGACGAAGAGAGGGAAUCAGGUGGUUGCGGGCGUAUAUUAAGAACCCUACAGGCUUCACUAACGCUUCUUUUAUUCUCACGGUAACGCCGCCGAUCUUGGUCAGAUGUUUGAGCUCUUCUCCGAGCUCAGCCUUCAUCUUCGGGUUAACUUAAUUGGGUAUGAUUAUUCGGGUUACGGGAGGUCUUCAGGGAAGCCUAGUGAGCAGAACACGUAUAGCGAUAUAGAAGCAGUGUAUAGAUGUUUGGAGGAGAAAUAUGGUGUGAAGGAACAGGAUGUUAUCUUAUAUGGACAAUCUGUAGGAAGCGGUCCGACUUUGGAAUUGGCUUCUCGAUUACCUAACCUCCGAGCUGUUGUUCUUCAUAGUGCAAUUGCUUCCGGUCUUAGAGUCAUGUACCCUGUUAAACGAACUUACUGGUUUGACAUUUACAAGAAUAUCGAGAAGAUAUCUUUUGUCAAAUGUCCGGUUUUAGUAGUUCACGGAACAUCAGAUGAUGUUGUAAAUUGGUCUCAUGGGAAGCAAUUAUUCGAUCUGUGUAAAGAAAAAUAUGAACCGCUUUGGAUCAAAGGAGGGAACCAUUGUGAUUUAGAGUUAUACCCACAAUACAUAAAGCAUCUGAGGAAAUUUGUAUCAGCGAUUGAAAAAUCGCCUCAUCUUAGAAACGGACCUGUGCCACAAACAGAGAAGGCGAGGAGCAGUACAGAUAUUAGAGAACCUGCAAGACCAAGCACAGAUCAAAGAGAGAAAUCAAGAACAAGCACAGAUCAAAGAGAGAUGCCGAAGCUGAGUACAGAUAAAGCGAGAGCAAGCGUUGAUAAGCGAGAGAGAACAAGAAAAAGCGUUGAUGGGACUGAUAAACCGAGUAAUUCCACGGAACAGCAACUACUACAACCAGAGAAAGGGAGGAAUAGCAUUGACAGGUUUGGGGAGAUGAUAAGAUCAGUAGGAUUUUGCAACAUAGAUUGUUUCAAGCCUACAGCAACAGCUAAGUGAGGUAAGAGAAGAACACACUCACACAAGGAUCAAAAACAUCUAACUUUAGUUGUUUGAUUUUGGUUUGUUAUCUCUUUCCACUUACUUCCUCUUGUGCUUUGGAAUUUAACAAGUCACUCGUCAAUGUUUGAUUCAAAAGCUUGAUUUCGUUAUUAUAAACUAUGAAUGAUACUACAGAUUAGAUUAUGUUCAUGCGCAUUACAUGGCAUUUACCAUGA